AUGGCAUUAUCGAAAUACAAAUUCAUAGCAUUUAUAAUCUGCGAAUCUUUUAAAGCGAAUGACAGAAAUAAGGUUAACAUUGUUCAACAGGAAAGCCAAUUAAGUACUCGUAUGAGAAAGUUUACUCAAAAAAAUUAUCUGAACGACCCAAAGAAAUUUAAGGCUUUUUGUGGAAAGAAUAAUGGUAAAACUGACCGAAGCAAUAAUAUGAGCAGCUUGAAGCAUGUCGUUCAUAAGGUUAACUUUGUUCAACAGGAAAGCAAGGCUCUUUAUAUAAAGAAAAUAGAUAAAAAUAUUGUUAACGCUAAAGAAUUUAGUCAUAAUUUACGUUUGGAACAUAAAUGUCUAGUUAAUGAAGUCAAAGAAUAUGAAAAAAAUGCUGAAAUUUUCAACGUUGCAUCAGAAAAUAGGCCGUAUAAUCUAAAAAUUUCUGAUAAGUGCUGA